AUGUCUGCCAUGGAGAUCGACUCAAUAUGGCAGUCCGCCUUUGGCGAGUCCACGCGGCCCGAACUCUACACUUCUCGAGAACUAAAUGAGGAUGGCUUCCAACCGUUGAGCGACCCCCAAGCAUUCCUCCUGAACAUCCCUACGCUCAGCAAAAAGCAACUUUACGCCGCCAGUGCCAACAACCAGAUUGCCAUGAAAUUGGCUCAGGACGAAUACAUGGAUUUGGAACGACAAAUCGCAAACCUCAAAGGCAAGAACCAUGCCAAGAAUCCUCAAGCGCUGCCAGAACACAGUGUCUUCGAAGAACGCAAGGAAGCUGCUCUUUACAACUACAAAUACGAGCCUAACCGACCCGCCUUGCUCCAUGCCGGCAUUCCAGGGCUGAGGCAUGCCGAGGAUCUCACAGAGCGAGAAAAGCACGAUGUCCGACUGUUUCAGGAACCGUUCGAGCAGGGCGGCUUCGUCCCCAAGGAGAGGGAGUACAAGGCCAAAUUGGCGAACGCCCGCAACCCAAAGAACCCGGAUGGUUGGGUCCCUGUCGUCAAGGAGGGCAAACCCCUGAUUCCCAAACUGCAGACUCACCAUGAUGAGUACAACAUCACCUACGUGCGACGAAAUGUCGAUGAGAAUGGGGAAAUCAUCCGGCCGCAGACCCCAACCAGUGAAGUGUCGGGCGAAGCGCCGUCCAAGGCGGUGGACAAGCGGCUGACGCGCACCCGCUUCGACGGCAAGAAGCACCCGCCCACGCGGGAGGUGUCGGAAACCCCGUCGGCCGCGUCCACCCCCGGCAAAAAGAGGGCGAGCACCCCGGCGGCGGACGGAGGUGCAGAGACACCGAAUGCAAAGCGCCAGAAGGUGAAUGCUCAGGGCAAGCCGAAGCACCCAAACCAAUACACCAAGGCACGAGAAGCACGAGAGCUGGCCGCCGACACAGCUGCAGCUCAGAAUGCUCCGGCCACUGGCCCUACCAAGGAAUCUUGGCAAGGGCUGUCGCCUGACGAGCUGCGUGCUCGCAAGUGGACAGACGAAGAGCUCGUCGAGGCGGUCAAGCACAACCACUUAUGGUUGCAUGAUGAUCCCAACCAGGCGGAAGAUUGGAAAGAAAAGAUUGUGAACGGCGUCAACCCUGUGCGAAGCUUCAGCAUGUUCAAGAAGUGGGCAUACUGGAAGGCAGAAAACAAAGACAAGAGACCUCGAAGCAAGAAGACGCCGGCGGCAAAUCAAGCCAAUGAAGCUACAGACGAUGCGAAGCCCAAACGCACGCCCACAAAGCUGAAGCUGCGAGCAGAUUAUGGUGGCACGCCGCCCUCUAUUGCACCAAUGGCCGAGACAGUCGACGUAGCGGAGGCUCAAGACAAUGCGAAGCCAGCUGGUCGAUCGAAGAAAGAAUCGAACCGACAAGGGCCGGUGGGAAUCAAACAUCUGAUGAAUCAUGACGAAGAGGAAGACGGAGUCCAGGCCGAACUGGCAACGGAGCAGGAAUCGAGACAGGAGCACGCUGUUUCCGUGGAGAACGGUGUGCAGUUGAACGGCGGCUCGGGCUGGAGACCCGGCCUGAAGAAGGAAGAAAGCGACUCCAUAUCCGUGGCUGAUAUCACGCCUCCAAAGAGACGCUCUCUACGGAAUACUAGACGAACCAGCGAUUGA